GUACAUGGCACUAUCCAGUGGUCCGAUGAUGGUUGCCGCAACCAAGAUGAAUCUGAUGAUGAUGAGGACGUCUUAGAGGUCUCCAUGCAGCAGGCAGCAGGUCUAGAAGAAAAGGCUGCUGAUGGCGACACUGAAGAGAAGGAGGAAGCCAAAGAGAAGGAGGAAGUCAAUGAGGAAGUUCGGGAGGCAAAGGAGGAGGACGAGGAGAAGCCAACCAUCACUAAGGGUACUGCAGGGCCUUUGCUGCUGCCAAAGAUGGGCCAUCUGGUUCAUCGGUUGAUCGUGGAUGGGGACAAAGCUGGAACAUGUCCUACUGUGGUGCUGGAGCAAGUUGCAUUUCGAAUCUAUCUAUCAAGCUACCUGUCAGCAUUUCAGCCUGCUGAUUUGGAACCUCAUGUGAAGUUAUCUCCCACGCAAGUGCGUUUGGUUUCUGGCAGGGGCCGACAAAUGGCUUUUCAAGGUGCUGGAGCCAGCGGCUCAUGGUGGGCUAUGAAAGAGCUGACAAAUGAUCGAUGCUGCAUGGUCUCUCACGCCGAAUGUGCACAUGGAGCCCUUAAAUUCUUGCUGGCCAACGUCGAGUCACAGAGGAAGCAUUUGCUAUUCUCGAGUGACCAUCCAAUUGUGCUGGAAGAUCUUGCAAGAUUUCAGGAAGCUGGAAACCAUGCCACAAAAACUACCAACUACAACUUGGAUUGGGAUGUGGAGCCUGAGGUAUCGCCAAAGGAGCUGAAGCCCUUAACAGAAUGUCGCGCUGUGGUUCAUUGUCAACGUGUUCAACAUGCGUUGGACAUUUUCAACACAGCAGGCUCCUUCGGCGAUGCCUUCAUUAACACCAGCCAGAGCAUCGACAGAAUGGAGCAGGGGCUAGCUGUGGCCGAGCGUCGGUUAGACGUGGGAAAGCUGGACUUUACCACUGAGCAUGGACGAGAAGUUCUGAUCGAUGCAUUGGUCAAUUCGUCCCUUUGUUCUCAACCUGAGUUCAUGGAAACUUCACCUGACAAGCUGCCUAGAAGAUACCUUCCACCAGGAAACUUCAGUGAUCUCUACAGGUUGUACACAGCAGCUUGCCACUCUGCACAGCAGCCAGCGGCGAGCUCUGUGUAUUGGGAGCUUCGCCACAGGGCUGCCCAUGACAAGGAUGUGAUCAUUGCUAUCCAGGAUUCUAUGGACAAGAGCAAAUUCAAGCUGCCGAGAUACCCCUCUGGAGUGGCGCCCAAAGCUCUUGAGCAAAAGGUCAGGUUCCUGAACAACAAGCUGAAAGAGCACUUCAGGAAGAAGAAUCUCUUCUUCCAGGCAACCUAUGUGAAUGUUGUACGGGAUUGGACUGGCAACAUGGUAAACUAUGCCACAACAGGUGGUGCCUACAGAAAACGUGAUGCCAAGAAAGAUGACCGGCAAAUUCCACACUCUUUCACUUUUGUGAGAAGAGACUGCAUGGCAUGCAGCUUAGAUGACGAACGCAAAGAAGUCCCCAGAGAGAUCGCCAGCUACCUCGAUGAGAACUAUUCCCAGUUUGGACGGGGUGUCAACUAUUUGCUGCAGCUGGCCGGGGAGGGUGAUCCUUCGAAGCCCAUGUCAAUUUCAGAUCGACUCACCGAAAAAAUGGAGGAGAUUAGCUCCAAGAUCAACAUGGGGCGAUGGCUAUGGGAGUCUUUGGGAUCUGAUGAAGGGAAGAAAGCGUUCAUCCUAGCCAUGUCUUCGACCUUUGCUUUGGGCUGUGUGAAUUGCUUGGUGGCCAGCCAUGCUCAGCCAAUAUUGCACUCAGUGCCGGUGGCUUCAAAGGAAUUCCAUUUGUCUCCGUGGAACUUUGACUUUUCCGAGCGAUCGAAGUAUGGGGAGAAGGGAAGGUUUCCGACCAACCUUCAAUUCAAGGCCCAUUUCCAGUCCUUCCUCCGCUCCGGGUAUGAAGCUCACAGGGAGCCCGUCGAUGUGCGCUUUCCAGCUGGCGCUGAUGUCAUCGAGCCUUUCUCAGUGCAGUUCGUGGAUGGUCAGAAUAAGAUCAAGAGGUCGGCCUCGCCGCAAAUGAGCCUGCGAGACUGUGUUUGGGCAUCUGUGGCUGAGUACAACAGGCCUGUGGUUGCUAUAAAUUUUGUGUUAUCUUUUUUGAAGGGUCCCACACUUCUUGGAAUCUCUUCCCUGUCAGCUAUGUGCAUUGAGAACUUGGAGGGUGACUACUACAUUCCCGGAUCGAUCCCCGAUGGUGCUGAAGGAAUUUGGAAGGAAGCCCAGGAAGCGACUGAAUCAUCGGUGGUCAUGUGGGCAAACCGUGUGAUGUCGGACUACAACCGCAAAGCUCCCAAGAAUGCCAGUGCGAAGCAAAAGGUCCAACUUGGAAGAAAUUCUUCCAUUCUCGAGAAGAUCAAAGAGAUGUGGGAUCUUGGGGCUCUAGACUCAGAACUACGAGCUCACAUCAGAGGAAACGACCCUGGAUUUGACCUGACCAAGUUGGCGUUUUACGCAGAGGCGACUGGAUCAGUGCAAGAGGACCAUAUCUUGGAAGGACAAAGCGCGGUAUCGAAUGCCAGGAAGGCAUCGCUCCAAGCAGCUUUUAACCUAUUCAAGACAUCGCUUGACAAUGACCAUGUCUUGCACGAGCGUCACAUGGCCGUAGCAAAAAGCGAUGAAGUGCGUGCGCGCAGCUCUGCCCUGGCUUCUUUGGAGGACAAGACCACAUCUGCCAUCGCUGCGAAGGUGACACCGUGGUUGCAUGAGACUCUGCAGGGGUAUGGUGCUGGUAUGAGGAGAAUGGAGUCAGAGAGGUUGAUUGGAUGGUGCAGCUAUGUGACUGCUGGUGUGCUCAGCGCUGGCAGACUUGAGUUCACUGUCAACAUGUUGACCCAAAUGGCUCAUUCGCAUCCAAAGAACUUUGUGGGAGUUGUCCUUCUCCCCAACAGGCAAGAGAAGAAGGAAGAAGACGAUGACAUGGAUGACAAAGACCCAGGAACAGUGGACGCAACCAAUUUCCUGGACGAAGAAGACGACAAGGAGCAAGGGUCGGACUCAGCAGAGGCAGUGCUGCAUGAGUUCAUCUACAGGCUGAAGAACUAUUUUCUGGAGUCUGAUCGUUGCCUCCGCGUCGAAAAGCCCUUGAAAGGUUUCGCCUCAGAUGCCAGGUUGACACAAGUGCAAGAGCUCAAGCAGGUCAUUGCCAACAAAAUCUUCAGCAGUGCCAGGGAUGGGGCUUUGAAGAUCCCUGGCUUCCCUGACUUCUUGACUUUGGUGAAGGACUUGAAGAACCGCAAUGUGUCAACAUCCGCUCCCCAGUACAAUGUUUGCACACCCCUGCCAGAUGGCACACUGGUUGUGAAAUCUGCCAUCAUCCAGCUUUGGACAGAGAAGAAUGAAUCAUUCCGGGAUGAGGCUGAAGCCCUCAUCAAAGACCACAAUGACCGAUUCAAUCCUCGGGGAGUCAAGCGAGGGGGGGAUGCAUCCGAUUCCGAAAGGGCACCGGAAGAGCCAGCGGCAAAGAAACUUUGUGUUGACAAAACCAUGGCCCUCACUGAUGAAGCUUUGAUCGAGGAGAAGGUGACUAUGACGCUGGGCAACUGCAAGCUCAUCCUAGACAAGAAGGAAGAAGUCUUGUGGAUUGGGCCUGAAAAGCCUGGUCAGGCAAUUGAAGUCCCUCCGAAAAUCGAACUCUGGGGAUUUGGUUCCGGAGACUUUGCCAUGAGCAACGAAGCGACUGACAUCAUGAACGACAGCAGCAAAUCGGGCAGAUGGGUCGCAUAUCUCAUCAAAUCCUUGGAUGACUACAUCAUCGCAGAGGCUGACAAGAAGCUCGGAGACCAUGUCAAAGGUCUGAGCAUCUUCAACAAGGUGAUGAAAAUCAGCGAACUUCUUCAUGCUCUUGAGAAUGCUGGGGAGAUUGGUGUGACAAUCGCGCUUCACUCCAUCGAUGGUUCGGUGGUGAGCCGGGCGAAGCCUUGCUGCUUUGUCUUGGAUGCUCCCAAGGAGAAGACUUUGCAGAAGAAGGUUGGUGCAGUCCCUACUUUUGGGGCGCGAUUGAACAUGGCGAAGGUUCGCAGUUGUCCCAACUUCACGAUCUGCUGGCGGGUCAGGCUGCAAAGCAACGGUGAAGGGGCCAAGGAGAUCACUCCAAUUCGCCCAGUUGCCAUUCUUCCUGGUAGCACAGCAUCAGCAACACCAGCGUUUGGACGUGUGGCUUUGAACAGCUCUUCAGACUCUACCGACAAGAAUGCUGAGAAGGAGAAGGACAAGGAGAAGGAAACGAAGAAAGGAAAAGACACCAAAGAAAAGGAGACAAAGAAAAGUAAGAAGGAAAAAAAAGAUGAUGGAAGAGAGAAGAAGAAACGCAAACAGGACGAAGACCUUGCUGAUGCAACGUUCAAUGCCAUCGAGGAUUCUGAUGAUGAGGCCGACCCAGAUCCUGAAGGAGAGAGACCUUCGACGAAACCUCAAAAGAAACCAGCCGCCAAGUCAACAAAGACAACAAAGACCACAAAAGAAGUGAAAAAAGACACCAAGAAGGAAAAGAAAAGCCGAGGCAAAAAGAAGGAUGACCAUGUCCCAGGUGAUGAUGAAGAAAGUCAGCCGACUGCCUUUGAAGAGACUGUCUCAUCGCUUUCCCUCCGUGAGAUUGCAGACAUGGCAGAGAACCGAAAGAUGAAGCACGAUCAGGAUGAGGAUUCCGAGGAGACCCUGAUCCUGGGCGAGCAGGACACAGAGGAAGAACCAGCUCCUGUCUGUGCUAAGGUUGAAGCUGCAGAGAACGAUCGCAUGAGGCUUCAGCAAUCCCUUGGACUUUCUGUUCGCCCAGGGUUUCAGAUCCCUUUGGAAGUCUUACAGAAGACACGCAGGAAGAGGGCCCAAAACGCAGCGCAGUUGGCAAUCUUCAAGCAGAUCGAGGAUGAGAUUUGGAACAAGAACAAGAGACAAAAGCAGCAAAAAGUUCAUACUUCCACUUCCGCGCAUGCAGCCAAAAGACAGGAGAAGAAACCAGAAGAGAAGCAGGAUGUCCCAAAGGAGAAGAAACUUGAAGAGAAGAAGGAGAUGUCGGAUGAAAAGAAACCGGAAGAGAAGAAGGAUAUCCCAGAGGAAAAGAAACUUGAAGAGAAGGAGAUGUCGGAGGAGAAGAAACCGGAAGAGGGGAAGGAGAUGCCGGACGAGAAGAAACCGGAAGAGAGGAAGGAUAUCCCAGAGGAAAAGAAACUUGAAAAGAAGGAGAUGCCGGAGGUGAAGAAACCGGAAGAGAGGAAGGAUGUCCCAGAGGAAAAGAAACUUGAAAAGAAGGAGAUGCCGGAAGAGAAGAAACCGGAAGAGAGGAAGGAUGUCCCAGAGGAAAAGAAACUUGAGAAGAAGAAGGAGAUGCCGGAAGAGAAGAAACCGGAAGAGAGGAAGGAUGUCCCAGAGGAAAAGAAACUUCAAAAGAAGAAGGAGAUGCCGGAAGAGAAGAAACCGGAAGAGAGGAAGGAUGUCCCAAAGGAAAAGAAACCUCAAAAGAAGAAGGAGAUGCUGGAAGAGAAGAAACCGGAAGAGAGGAAGGAUGUCCCAAAGGAAAAGAAACCUCAAAAGAAGAAGGAGGUCCCAGCCGAGACCACCAAGAAGAGCCUUGCAGCAAAGCCCACCAAGAGUGGCAAGAAACCUAAGAAGGUGUCUGCAGCCGAGCCGAAGAAACCUAUGGAACUCGAGCCUGACAAUGGUGGCAAACCUGCCGAUCAGGAUGGCAAAGUGAUGGAAAAGUCUGGUCCAAAAAUGGCCCUUCACCCUGCAGACAAAUGUGAGACAGACAAGAUCCCUGCAGCCAAUGCCUCAAAGAGUGGCAGCAAAGCUGUCAGCAAACCUGAGACCGUCGACAGUAAGGAGAUCAAAGAGCCCAAAUGCAGUGAGAUCAAGAACAGCGAGGAUGCCAGAAAGAUUUUGCCUGGCGUUCCGUCCACCGUGCCCAAGCCAAAGGUGUACUGUGCAGCCCAGAAAGAUGCCAAAGCCCAAGGCAUGUCCAAAGAGGAUGCAGCUGGUGCUGGCCAGGCAGCUCGCAAAAAGUGGAUCAUGGACUAUGGACCGACUGACAACGCUGUGAUUCAGAAAUGGCUUAAAAAAUUCGAAGCCUAA